ACCCUGCAUCUGGGGAUAUUAUGACUCGAUAGAUACCAUCUCGCGCCAACUGAUAAGUCAUACUCGACAUGAUUCGGCCGUUGCCCGGUCGCACGAUCAUUAGCUGCGCAAUUGGUUCUCUGUCACCUUCGACCACCUUGACGAAGCUGUCACGCGACAUCAUCUGAAUCGGAUUUUGGUGACCAGAACGCUCGUCAACAUUAAUCGAGAUCCAGCCAAUAUACCGCCAAUGUGAGCAGGAAUCCGCGCUCAUUUGUACACCCUCUUCGAAAACAAUGGCGUCUUUACAGCUGUGAGCCACCGGUGGCUCGCCAAUGGCGACCCAUUUUGGUUCCGUCCAUGGGUUUCCACAACUCCACGAUGGCGGCAUUAUCCCGACACGACAAUACCUGCCCGAAGGCGCUUGCAACUAUCGAGAUCUCAGCGGCAGUGUGAGCGCGACGGCAUGCGGGUGCAGGAGAUUCUGGCUCAAUGAGCAGGAUGGAUCUUCGCAACGCAAAGAAAGAGCUUGGUGCUUCUGUGGACACCAUGCUUGCUACCACGAUGUUGCUGGGAGUUCGGCACUAGUACCGGUGAAUAGGAUGGGGAACGAUAACAUGGCAACGUCGCAGGUAUCACACCUACUGAACCACCCUGCGGCAGCAUCAUUCACAUGUGCCGAGCCCGCGCGAUUGUCUGACGCCGCAAAUAAUGGUCCUCACGCAGCAAAUGCCGUUACUGCUGUCUCCCAACAGCCUGCUUCAGGCCUUGGAAUUGCAAAUGCUGCACCAUCGCAUUCUCAGUCUAUCAACACACGGCUGUGGACGGCGCUGGGCGCUUUCACUCAAAAUCAGGGCGAUGGGGAACUGGUUUCGACGGCCGUUCCGAGCGUGGCUGGAGACAAUCAUCCUUUGAGAACAAACCUUGUACACGAACAACGACAAAGUCACGGGAUCAUGGGUCCCCCCCUCGCCAGCAAUUGCAGUCAAGACAGACACAGUCGUGCAGAUGCUUUUAGCGCGACCGAAGUGAACACGCCGAGUUUUCGAGGCACCCCCGAUCUCCUGACGGCCAGCAUACCACCAGCAAUGAUAUAUGAGUCACGAGCAGAGCAGAUGCGGCCAAGCACGAGACCAAUCAGCAUCGUUGGCCAAAAUGUUGAUUUCUUUGGUCGACCUCGGUUGUCCAACUAUCCACAAGACGUCGGCACCGGAGUCAUGCUAUCCUUGCGAGAGAUCGAGAACACAAUCCAGGACUAUGGGCGACGAAUCAGCUCGCUCGAGAGUCUGUCAUUUUCGCACAUGCCGAGCGAGGAAAUACAGGAUAAGCUUGAUCUUGUUGAUGGACGACUCAUCGAUCUAGAGGUCUGGCGGACCGAUAUGGACAAGGCACGCCCCAGUCCGGAGCCGGAGAAGCAAGAGAGUCCUCCGAGUAGACGGCUUUUGCCCACCGAAAGUGGAUCAUUUGCUUCGGACGGCUCUUUCGACAGCAAUGCCGCAGCUCAAACUGAGGCAGUGGUAUUGGCUACUCUAGCCGCCAGUGCAGAAGUGCGGCCUCGCAUUGAUGCAUUGGAAUCUCGCAUUAUGGAGCUUGAAAGCACGACAAUGCCAUCAUUUGCUCGCCCUUGGCAGCUACAGGUUGUGCUGCUUCCUUUCGGUCGCGAAUUGCCAGGAGUGUGGUUCUCUGCGAUCGAGUCUACCGAAAAUUCCUUGCAUUCCUUGAAUAAAUAUAAAGAAUGGGCGGGUUUGAAGCCGGCUGUACAGUCAUCCUUUCGAUCCGCUACGAGUAGCAUCUGGACGACUGAGAGCAUUGCUGCCUGGGCACAUAGCGCUCGCGAUGAAUGGUUAUCGCCAAAAGCUUGCGGCCCGUCGGGUGCCGUCUUUCAGCGGCUCGAAAGUCGCGGCCUCGUCUGUGACAUUAUCAUACAAUCUCCCGAUUCUCGGCACAUUUUCAAGGUCAUAUCAGAAGCAUUCGGAGACAUAAUAGAUGCGGAAAGACUAGCACCUGGAGAAAAGGCCGCUCAAUUCCGAGGUCUCGAAGAACCAUUUAUUCCCUUAAGAAAGAUUCGGAAGUCGUCUCGCUUGCGCUUCCUCAGCCCGGCUGAGAUGGUCACGCCGGCGAUGUGGACAGCAGAGUUUCUCGAAGCCAGCGUGUUCAUGAAAGUAGAUGACCGCCAGCGGCGCUUGUAUAUGACCACUUCAGAAGCCUACACGCAACCUGAGGUCGCGGGCUGGACAUGGCCGACCAUAAGGCGACUUCCCUUGGUCGACUCAAAUGGCAAGAUACAAGCUGCGCAAAAUAUUGGCAGGAUUAUCGAAUCCUGUUGGACUUAUCAUGAACGACUAGACCAAGUGGACCGCCUUGACGCCUCAUUUGCUGACCAGGAAUCUAGGUGGAGCACGCGUAGUCAGAGUUCCGCUCGCAGUGUUCUCGACUCCCAUGGAAAGGAAGGAAUUGUCGUACGGAAGCGAAGUUCCAUCGAGUCCGAGAUUGCUCGAAGGUCUGUGUCCAUGCCUAGCGCCAUUGCCUCUGCAGAAGUGAAGCCGAGCAUCGAAGGGACACUUCCAAAACGCCGCGUCGCUUCUCACGAUAGCAUUUCCACAGCUGCCAUUGCCUCCGAGCGACCGAAUUCAGCUUCAUAUAAUGCCGCGAAAAGACGCCGCGUCUCGACAACAUCAGAUCAGCUGGAGCGCCGUGUAUUGAAUUUCACGCCACGCUGGAGCCGCGAGCCUUCAUUGCCCUACGACCACGAUGGACAUUCCCACCAACACAUCAUCUCCACGCGCAGUCAGCAUCAUAUCGACCAGCAACCUCCGCAGCAGUUGGCAGCUACUGGCCGUGCUAGUACUAGCAGCAGUCACAAGCGAGGCAUCACUCCUACUGCUUACGCGACCCCGCACUCCCAUCUUGACUACUCUCGUGCGGAUGAUCUAGACACAGAGAUCCUUGCCGCACGGACCGACAUCGACGACGGCGAUAUGAGUCGAAAUGAUGAGGACGAUGACCUCGAGGAAUGGGAGGGUGUUCAAGACGGCACGGAUCCUGCUGACUCCCAUGUCAUCGCCUCGACGCCUCAUCCUACCCAUGACAGGGCUUUUAAUCGAGGCAAAACGGCCGUCAAUGAUAGAAGCGACCACGGUGAAAGCGGGAGCGACGACGAUGACGAGUAUGACGACGAUGAUGAUAAUAGUCAGAGCGAUGAUUUCGUGGGUGAAUCACUCUCAGAUUGCUGACACCUGGCCAGAUGAAUGAGAACGGCCAAGGUCUGGACCUAUUCCUCGCUUCCACAUUCGCCAGGCUUCUCUCAACGUCCGGGAUUUGACUCCUUCUCUCCACUCAUCCCGUUCAUUCUUUGCGCCAGACCACAGAAGACUUCUACACUGAAUCCAGGCAUACGUCAAGACCAAACACGAGACCGGCUUUGACGCCUUUGAUACCCGUCCUUUCCCCUCAACAGGAGGCUGACUAGGAUCAGGCCACAUCUUUCUGUAAACGCUUCUUCUCAUAUCUGGAUUGCGCAGCGAUCUGCAUUUUUCCUCCCCUCAAUUUCCCGCACAAUGUCCUGCCUUUCGUUUGAUCGCUUUCAUGCCUGAUGAUCCAUUGUUCAAGGCUGUCUGGUGUUAGGGGGACUCGAAUUUGUAAAACCAUGUAGGCUCAAUGAUGUGAGCAAUCAUAUAAAUGUAUUAAAGACACUCCCCCAAUCAUUCAACGUCUGUCACGAA